CAGCGUCGCUAUAGCCAUAGAAUAAUUAUAUAGCAGUGGGACCAUUGCGAAAAUUAUUUACAGUGAUGUCCGCGUUGCCACCCGCUCGCUACCGCUCGGACAAAAAAAAACGAAAAUAUCGUUACUAGUAUAUCACCACUAGUUUAGUGAUAAAUAUGCGACGAGUAAUGACACGCAUGCGUAAUAGAAAUAAGUCACCUGGCGAAGUGGCGACUCGUCCUUAAAAUUUGAUUUACUGGUGUGAACAAAAAUUGGGACAUUUACAUGGAUAAUAUUAUCUAUGGAUAUUUGGACCAUAUUAUUAUCAUGAUAGCAGUAAUUUUUUGUGUAUGUUCAAUGGUUUUAUGCAUGCUUAGUGGCGACAUCAGGGCCGAGCGGACAAACCAAAUUGGCUUCUAGAUUUUAAUUCAUAGGCCGUAGCUCUAUCCAAUUCCAUCCAAAUUUUGGACAAAGCUGCGAAUCAUAUUUCAAAAUUGUCAAAACCAAGAUCUAUUCACUGACUAAUCCACUGACCACUAAAGAAAAUAUUUACUGCCCACCGGACCACAGUAGAGUAGUAGAGAUAGCUGUGCUCCGUGGCUGUGUUGACUGCUUACAUUUAUCUUUUCUAUGGUUUAUAUAUAAACACUAUGCAGAGUGGUCAUUUCCACUUUAAUUCACGGGCAGCGGUGAUAAUUAUUGAUGAUCUAUCAUCAUACUGUGGUGGUCAAAAUCGUCUGUAAGCACCUGUCUGUAUUGCUUUUUCUGCAGUACAUCUCCAUCGGUUUUUAUCAUCGUCGUGGUCCCAGACAGUCUGAGUAAAACCAAAAUGAAUAAUCAUAAGUCAGAUAAAGUCAAAAAGACAAAAGACAAAAAAAAAGUACCUCAAAUAGGUAUUGAACUAGAUGGCAGUUUAAUUAAAGUUUCACCAUCAAUCUUAAAUAAUAUUAUAGAAAGUGAAUGCAUCAACUUUAUGUUGGAAAAUCACACCAAGAAGGAUAUUAUUGGCCUAAAUGAUUUGAUUAAUGUUCAGAAUUGGAAAAAAAAAUAUAAAAAAUUGGAGACUCAAGCCAGAAUGUUAGAUAGUAUUGCAAAUCGCUUGAAGAGAGAUUUAGAAACAGAUAAGUUUGCACAACCAUUGAGGUGUCUUUCUGCUUCGGUUAAUCAACAUGUUAUAGUUACAUUGAACAUCAAAGCGAAAAUGGCCAGGGAUGCACUUCAGAAGAAUUCUAAGAAGAUAUAUCAAAUAUUUACAAUAUCAGAUAGUGAAGAUGAUGUCAUAAUAACUGAUACGUCAAAUAUCAAAUCAAUACAAACUAAAAAAGAAAAUAUUAUUGAUUUGAUUGAUUUAGAUAAUGAUACCCAAAACUUGGAGACUAAAAAUAAACCAGCUCCGAAAUCGAAAACAAAUUGUAAAUCAUAUAGUGAAGAUGAUCCUGUCAUAAUAACUGGUACGUCAAAUAUCAAAUCAAUACAAACUAAAAAAGAAAAUAUUAUUGAUUUGAUUGAUUUAGAUAAUGAUACCCAAAACUUGAAGGUUAAAGUUAAGCCAGCUUCAAAAUCAAAAACAAAUGUUUCUAUACCUGAUCUUAAAACCAAUGGUAAUAAUAAAGUACUGCCAAUUAAUAUUGAAGCCGGCAAAACUUUAAGUCGUGGAGAAUUUUUAUCCACAACUAUACAUAAACGGAAACCUGGGCCAAAAUCAAAAACAAUGUUUGUUGGUGAUAUGGUUCCUUUUAAUGCUGAAAAUGAGGAAACUCCUGCAAAAAAAAUGCGUUUAAAUGAGUGUGAAGUUAUUAAUAACAAAGAAUCAAAUACAAUAAAUUUGUUAAAUUGUAAUUCAGUAAAGGAAUCAAAAGUUCCUGAGAAGUAUUUCCUUAGUUUAAAGUAUCCACCACCUUAUCCCUUAAUACCACCACAUAAUAAUGAACCUUCAUGGAAAAACGUGCCACCGAAACCUAAUAUGACAAUUAAGGUUUUAGGAAAUAAAGUGACUUUAACUUGGGACUUGAAUUUGACUUGGCAGACGGCAAAGAUCAAAAUGUAUGAACUAUUUGUAUGCCAAGAAUCAGAUGCACCUCCAAACACCUCUAUGUGGAAAAAAAAGGGCAAUAUAGACGCAGAUUUGUUGCCUAUGGCUUGUGAACUAGAAAUGUUUGAUUUAGGACAUAUUUACUAUUUUGCUCUAAGAGCGGUGGAUGUCCACGACAGACGUGCACCUUGUGCAAUUCAAAAAACUAAGAUUUAGAAUUUAAGUUAUCAAUUUACGAUAAGUAUUUUAUUAUAACUAAAAUGGUAUUAUCCAAUGGGUUAAAUAUUGUAAAUUAUUAAUUUACAACAGUUUAUAAAUCUUUUUUCUCAAUAAUUUAAUGAUGAGUAGAUGUAUAUUUUUUAAUUGUAAGCUAUUAUAACUUACUGAAUUUGAUUGUGAACUUUUAUAUAUUGAUAUCUUUAGUUUGAAUAUAAUAAAUACAAGAUCUGAUAUUACA